UGUUUCAGGGACGUGAAUGAUGCUUUUACACCACAAAUAUGUGAUAUUCACAUUUCCCAAUUCGAGAGUAAGUUGCGCUUCUUCUACUGUUCGUACGUCCAGUUCGUUUAUUCAUCUGCUUACUUUUACAUCAUGCACCAGUAAGUCUUCAGCAGCAACAACAAAAUCAACAAUUAAUAUCACCACCAAUAGGAAUUCAACAAAAUCUAGGACAAGAUCAGUUAGGGAUACUUCCACAACAAAAUCAACGUCAAGAUUAUCUUUGGAUUCCUCCACAACAGCAACAGCAACAACAAUAUUACCAACAACCUCUUCCAUUCCAGCCACAACAACAGUUCUUAACAACAGCACCACAACAGUAUUAAAUAAUAAUAAUAAUAAAAAUAAAAAUAAUGUAUCACUAAUAUAUGCACCAUUUGAACCAAUUACACCAUCAUUAUCUGAUUAUUGCAUUCUAAAUAAACAAUUGACAUAUGAUGAAAAAUUAGCAAAAUUAGAAGCUGUUCAUCUGUCUGAUAUAAUAUAUACAAUUGGGGAUGUAAAAUUGACACAACAUGAGAUUAAUGUUCUAGUUAAAGGUUUGAAAUUUAUUCCUAAUCGGCCAUUUCACCUUACAAAUGAACUGCGUCUCUGUGUCCAAAAAUUUUUACAAUCUUCCAAACUAUUUAAAAAUAUUAAGAUUGAUAACUUUCUUCGAUCAUUAUUUGCUAAUCGUCAUCAAUAUCAACAAAAUUUAUCAAUUGAAGAACAGAUUGCAUUAAUUCAAUUACAAAAAAGAACUGAUAUUAUUAUCCGUCCAGCAGAUAAAAAUGUUGGUAUUUGUAUAAUUGAAAAUCAAGUAUAUGAAUCCAAGGUGCUACAACAGUUAAAUGAUACAAACUAUUAUGAAAUGUACAAUUCUAAUCCUUGUACACAAUUAUAUUGGAGAAUUAAAUUUGUUCUAAACGAAUUAUUAGAAAAUAAUGAUAUAACUAGAUUUGAAAUUGUAAAAUUGAAACCAGUGAGACCAUCAUCUGCUGUUUUUUAUAUUCUUCCAAAAUUGCACAAAAAAUCGUGCCCUGGUCGCCCAAUUGUUUCUGGUUGUCAGCAUAUGACUUCUAAUAUCUCCAAAUAUUUGGAACAACAAUUGACACCAUUUAUACCAUUAUUACAAGAUAUCGCACUGGAAGAUUAUAAUAUUGACAAUUAUAUUAUAUUAAAGGAUACAAACCAUCUAUUAAUUGAAAUUGAUAAAUUAAAUCAUCAAAUUAACGAUCAAAAAUUGUAUGUCAAAUAUAUCACUCUUGUCAGUGGUGAUAUCUCAGCGUUAUAUACAAAUAUUGAUCAAAAGGACGGUUUAUCUGAACUAAAUGAUUUUGUAUCUAACAAUUCAUAUCGUACAAACUUUAGUCUUACUAUGAAUUGUUUUAAUAAAUUAUUAGAAGUGGUAUUAACAGGCAAUGUCUUCAUAUUUAAAGGUGUUUAUUUUCACCAGCGCAUGGGCACGGCUAUGGGCACGGAGCUUGCCACUCCGUAUGCCAAUAUAUAUGUGUUCAAGAAAGAAAUAAAUGCAUUGAAGUUGUUUGUUAAGAAAUAUUCGUCAUCAUUAAUAUUAAGAUUCUUUCGAUUUCUUGAUGAUAUUCUAUGCAUUUUGUUUACUACUGAUAAAAAUAUUAUUGAAGAUUUAUUUAAUUUGUUAAAUCAGAUUAAUAACUUAAAAUAUACAUUUGAAAGUAGUACAACUAAAAUUAAUUUCUUGGAUGUUAAUAUUAUCAUUAAUAAAACAUUAAAUCGUCUUGAAACGUCAUUAUAUGUUAAGCCAUCGAACACGUUUCAAUAUUUACAAUAUACAUCAUCACAUCCUCGUUAUGUCAUCGAUAAUAUCCCUCUGUCUCUCUCUAAUCGUAUUGUUCGUUUAUGCUCUUCACCAUCUACAAUGUGGCGUGAAUUUUAUAAUCUAUUUAAUCGUCUGUUAGCACGCGGCCACAGAGCAUCUAAUAUCUUACAAAAAAUUUUACAAAUACAACAAUAUAAUAGAAAAGAAUUAAUCUAUCGUUCAAAAAAACAGAAUAAUGACAAUGAUUCUAAGAAAUAUAAAAAUAUAGUAAUUCCGUAUCAUUCACAAUUACCAAACAUUAAAAACAUUAUUAAUAAUAAUUAUUCUAUUGAUAUUCCUGAUACAUAUCGUUUGGUAUAUAAAUGUUCUUCAAAUCUAGCUUCUUUAUUAAUGCGUUCUCGUUAUCCUUCGUCUUUCUUUAAUGUUGUUCCUGUUCAUCAUAUUAACCCUAUGGGCUGUGUUAAAUGUAAUCAUCCUCAAUGUAAAACUUGUAAAUAUUUAGUUAGUAAAAAUUAUUUCGUUUCAACCGUUACCAACCAAAUUUAUAAUAUUCCUUAUAAUGUUAAUUGUGGCUCCACUAACUUAUCUUAUUUAAUUACCUGUAAUCUAUGUAACAUGCAAUAUGGAGGAACCACUAGUCAAAAACUAAGAGAUAGAUUUAGACAACAUCGUUCAUCGAUUAGAAAAAACUCUGGCAAUGACACUAGAUGCAUUGAACAUUUCAACCGUCCUGGUCAUUCACUUGAAAAUCACAGAGUUAUUAUUAUUGAAACAAAUUAUAUUAACGAGCAACAUCGGCUCGACAGAGAACAAUACUGGAUUAAGACGUUAAAAACACAAAUUAAUAAUAAUAUUAAUCAUUAA